CUCCUAUCAAUUCUGAGAGCUCGCGUGCUCACAGCCUGUUAGCGGUGAUUUUCAGACACCAUACGCCGCUGCCAGAACCUGCACGGGUGGAGUUGCGGUGUGGGUCACAGAUGGCUCUUUCGGGGAAACGACUUGGGGCACACCACUUAGCCUGUCCAAUCACGAGCAUUGCUACAAAUUGCUAUCGACCAUCUCACGACACGACAUCCACGACGCAGUUUCGCGACAGCAGAAGCGCCGUCUGCACAUACUAAGCACGGCAACAGUACUGCAUCGAGAAGAGGGGAAGGUCCCCGCGAUGGGUCUUGACGCGUGACCUUGCGAUCCAGAGUCCAGACCCUGCCUGCGCACGAGGCAAGUGCUCAAUUUUAACCCAAGCAGCCGCUUCUUAAGUCUCCCACUGCGAACUUUCAACAAACCUAAACCACACCUCCUUUUUAGCCUGCAGCUGUGCCCGGGAAGCUCGUUGCUGCUCUUAAUGUCAUUGAUUCAGCAUGUCACGCAGCAAGAGGGUACUGACCGAGAGGAGGCGCUCGUGGACCUGUUCUUGUCGCCGGUAGACCGGCUGGAGAACCGAGAGCAAGCAUCGGAACGUCGGCUCUCUAUACAAAGCCAAUACUCCAACGCAGGCUUCUUGUUUGCAGGCAAAUCGGUCAGGCGUGUUAUCAGCUACGAUGCGCUUCACAGGCCGCUGGAACCAGCUGCAGGAGACACUGACGGCGGUGUGACACAGUACACUGUGUCAACCUUUAAACGAGCCGCGCAAGUCUUUGCAGUCGUCCUGGCCUGCUGGUUUGCCAGCGGCAUCGUCUUCGGUUUUGCAGCGCUCAAGCCGAUCCUGGUCAAGGAAGGCGUCUUCAGAGACCUUUGCACGCAAGAAGAGCUCGACGAGGAUGUCGAGGUCUGCUACGAGCAAGGUCUGCGCCUCAAUCUUUCCUUCUCACUUGCAUCCACCACAGCCAAUGUAUCUGCUCUUCUCGUUGGAACGAUGCUUGAUCGUUAUGGUCCAAAAGUUUGCUAUCUUAUUGGUUCGGCUUGCCUUGCUGCUGGCAGCAUCAUAAUGAGCAUCGCCUUCCAGACCGCCGCAUAUGACGGCUACACAAUUGGAAACUUCUUCCUCGCGCUUGGAGGCACAUUCGUGUUCUUGCCGUCUUUCCAGAUUGCUAAUGCGUUCCCCAAGUACGGCGGCACCAUCGUGGCGCUCGUCACUGGUGCUUUUGAUGCGUCUGCAGCUGUCUAUCUGUUCUACAGACUUGCAUAUGAGGCGACUGACGGGGCCUUCAAGCCUCACAAGUUCUUCCUUUUCUACCUCAUUGUCCCAGUAGCAAUUGUCAUUGCGCAGCUGACUUUCUUGCCGACCGAGAACUACAAGACUGCGCCUCAGCUGGAGCUGAAGAUCCAGCGUGCUGCAGGGAACCAGCGAGACGUUCACACUUCGGAUGAGGACCUCGCCGAUGAUGAGAUUUGGAGGCGCAGGAAGGCUCGCAGCGCCCGCCGCCGCAAGCGCCUGAGCAAGCUAGACGAGCUCGUCGGUGAUGAGAUUACGCGCAAGAAGCAGGAAGAGAAGCACGAGCAGCAUCUCGAAGCGUCGGGAGUCUGGGGUGCUCUGCACAACAAGACUGCCGCCGAGCAGAUGCUCACGCCGUGGUUCACGCUGCUAGCUCUUCUUACCGUUGUGCAGAUGGUCCGUAUGAACUACUUCAUCGCCUCCAUUCGCGAUCAGUACACAUACAUGUUGGACUCUGUUGACCUUGCUGCUCGCGUCAACGACUUCUUCGACUGGGCGCUUCCCCUUGGUGGUGUACUUAGCACACCCUUCCUCGGCAUGCUCCUCGACAACGUCAGCACGCCCGGCGUGCUCCUCCUCAUCGUCAUCAUUGCCACUGCGAUUGGUAUCGUUGGCUCCAUCGGCACGCUCUGGGCCGGCUACACCAACGUCCUCCUCUUCGUCGUGAUGCGCCCGCUGUACUACUCCGCCAUGUCCGACUACGCCACCAAGGUCUUUGGCUUCGCGACCUUUGGCCGCGUCUACGGCACCAUCAUCUGCUUCUCCGGCAUGGUCAACCUGUCGCAGACCGGCAUCGACGCGCUCAACAAGACGACCUUUGGCGGCAACCCGAUCCCGGUCAACGCGUUCCUCGCGGGCCUCACCUUUGUCAUUGGCUCCACCCUUGUGGUUUAUGUCGCUGUGCAGAUGUACCGCAUGCGCCGUAAGCUCGACCAGGAGGAUGCCAUGACCGUCACCAACACGGACGUUGGCAGCAUCAUGGAGAGCCUGCUCGAGGAGGACGAGCCGCGUGAUUACGGCAGCGUGGCGCCCGCCCGUAGCCACAGGGAUUACGAGCAGCCUGCCCGCGUCUCGCGCGAGUACGUCUAGCAGCCUUAAGGGGGUAGACGCGUGUUGUUUCUGUUCCUUACCUUUCUUUAACGAUUCAGCGAUGUCAGACGCCCCCUAAUUCCGCACGUCCUGUGUUUUUUCAAAAGCGUGUAAUUAUGUAGCCCUCUCCUUCCAGCCUCUGUUUUUUCUUGCAAGCCCGGCGUCUGCCGUUCCAGCACGCAUCCCGCAUCAUGAGCGUCUUUUGCAUUGCAUGAGCAUAGCGAGUCCCUUACGACGUGUAUGUCUGUAUGUAUGUCUUGUAGCUUGAUAGCGAUUUGAAUGGCAUGUUUCUGAGACACCC